UACUGAAGGAAAGAGUAUAUUUACAGUCUUAACCGCUAAGUACCUUUCUUAGACAAAACAACACUAAAAAGCCGCACCAAUGCUCGUUUCACCUUUGCUAUGGAGUGAGAUAAGCCGGUGCUACACUACACCUAAAGACAUCUGUGUUAGCCUGCUCGGUAUGUCCCAUGUUGAAGGAUCAAUAACCAGUUGCAACACGGUCCUCUCUCUAGUAGUACAGCUAGUCGCUCCGGUCCAGCCUCCCUUGAUCACACAAGCCCAACGUUGCCGCCGAAGAAACGCGAGGGUUCCUGGAAUCGUGUAUAAUCUCUGUUGUUGAGGAGAGAACACUGUCUGGAAGUUAGGCUUAUGAACUAUGUUCCUUCUUGAUGGAGGAUAUUACGUUACACUUCACCCUUCGACGGAAAGUAGGAAUUACCUUGAAGUUCUCCAAGGUGUUUCCGUAGAUGUUCGAUUUGAUGGUUUCAGGAAGCAGAAAAAGCGCCAAGCCUUAUCAAAUUUUAUAACAGAUUGUAAAAACACCGACCAACGUUAGAUCCAGAAUCUAAGGAUUUAGUCACCAGGAACUAAUGUGAGAAUUCCCUGCUGAUUUUCCCUUCAGGAAUUGGAGAAUUGAAGCGAGCGUAAAGGUGCAGACGCUUUAAACCUGCAGAGCAGCGAAACAAAAUGUUUUGUUUUGGGAUUAGGUGGUCAAAUUAUUCUCUUGGGCAUACCAACUGAGAGGAAUUCUGUAGCGUCUAUAUAUUUGUGAAAUGUAUUGCUGUUGUAAGUGUGGAUGACACGUGGAGGCUUCUAAUGCUCCACCCACCCGAGUAUGUAACAACCCACGGUCACGAUAAGAGUAUAUGUUUGCUGAUCAUUCCGUCACGUCUGUCGCUUAUUUUCAGAUCGAUUUUGAAGUCUGAGGUCUCCUCUUUGGAUGAAGCAAUUUCAGGGAUAUCGUUCAUGCACAACUGUCUGAUUAAGCGGCUGUAGUUGCAAGGAUUAGUGCUUCUGUGCCCCGUGGAUUAGUGCUGGAUUAGUACUAUGCUCGACUACUGAGCUAUCGUGGGAAUGAUCCACUGGAAUCGGUCUUUAUCGUGUGUUUGUGUGACAAUACGAAGCGAUAAUGCCGCGAUAUGGAAAGAGGAAGGACAGUGCUAUAAGGACCCUCGUAGCAGAGACGCUGGUUCUGGCCAAGACGCAUGGCUAUGUGGAGAAGAUCGAAAACGAGCUCGAGGAAGAGCUCAGACGAGAUCAAAAGGAGCCACCGAAACAAAUAGUAGCCAGAUGGCGAAGAGACGGAGAAAGAAUCCUCAAGAGCAAGUACAUGCUUCUCACCGUUGUGCUAUUCUGUGUCACUGACUGUGCCCUUGUUCUCGGAGAGCUCAUCCUUGACCUUCAUAAGGUCAAAGAUUCACUGGAAAGGUCGGAGGGAAAGAUAAGUGAGUUUGUUCGAGAGUUGCAAAAACAAUAUCCGGAUACCAUUGCUGAAGAAGAGAACAAUGACCAUAUUUUUGAAAAACUCCUUCAGUCGAAUAUUUAUUGGAAUGAAAGGAUAUUAAACAUUAGCAGUUAUUCUACGCCUGCAUAUGUCCCGAGAAAUGUCACUCGUGUCAGGCGAGAAAGUGCACGUGGGAGCUAUACAGUGCAUACAAAUUCGUCAGGGUGGCCACGCACCAAGAAUAAGGAGCAUUCUCCAAACUUAUCGGAGCAUCGCGUGGAGGACGAUAUCGCCCAUGCAUUCCACCUCGCCAGCAUCACGAUACUGGCGCUACUGGUCUUUGAGACUUUCUUAAAGGCAAUAUGUGUCGGCACGCCGUUCUGCCAUCGCAAACUAGAAGUGUUUGAUGCCUUCAUCGUCAUCGUGUCUUUUGUCGUGGAUCUGGUGUUCCUCAAUCGCCUCCCCAACUACAAGAUCCAGGACUUCGUCUUCAUCCUGGCCUUCCUCCUGCCUUGGAGGGUUAUACGAGUUGUCAACAGUUUGGUGGUUGCUGUGAAAGAUCACGAGCACUUCCGGUUGAAGCUUGUAUAUAGCCGGAAGAAGAAAAUACAGAAUAGUCUGAGGGACACAGAAAUAAAACUGCAAAUAUUUAGGUCUCAAUGCAACGCUUUACGUAAACUAUGCAUCACCGAGGGGGUGGAUGAGUGGAGGGUGGAACAGCUUCUUCGUAUUGACGAAUACGUCGUUAACAAGGCAGGGAAGAGCAAGUGCAAGAUUAAGAUAGACAAUGCCUCUGUGAUACUCUUGGAUGACCGACGGGACUUUCCGCGGUUAUCUCCCCGCCCGUCACUCUCCAAUCUCUCGGAGGCGCGCCUGCGCGGUAGCCUCGUUCCCACCAUCGAAGAAGAGGAUUCCCUCAGCCCAGAUAAGUCGGAGAUCGAAGAGAUAAAGGAAUGCAAGGAGAAGAAGGAAAAACCGGGAAAAGAGAUGAACGGAAUAGGGACAAGUGAUGGCAAGUCCAGUGUAUAAUAAAUGCGAAACUCUAGCUACUGCGUGAUAUAACUGUGAAGGUUGAAUCUGCGUCCCUUGAUUAUCCGGGGGAGUUAUUCACACAAUGCAAUAGAUGUGACUCGCCAUAUUUCAAGACUUCUUUGUGUGUGGACAAUCACUCUGGGAUCUUUGGGUGCUCAAGUGGAUAGACUUUGUCUGGAGCCUUCAGUGAGUGAGAAUGGUUUUACGCCGCUUUUCGCAAUAGUUUGC